AUGACUUUGUCCACCAGAAUCUACAUUCAACGUCCCCCAGACCCACCCGCAGAAACCACGCACACAUUGGUGUCAACCUCUCCUGCUAAUCACUUUGUCGAUUGCAGAAUUCACAAGGAAAGACUCCCCCAUGUCCAAAAGGGAAAGGAGCCUGAAGACUUCGAGGAGGUAUUUGACUGGGUUAUGACCGGAAUUGAAGUGCCAAUCGAAGGAACGAACAAAAUUCAUUUCAAGCACGAUAUCAACCUGAAGGAGGUUGUGGAAUCGGUGAAAACUGGAAAGCCUAUUGGAGAAUGUAAGGAUGAGGAGGAUAUCGGAGAAUUUGCACCCGUAGAAGGAAGUGAGGAUCGUCAAGAGACGGGUAUUCUGACUCAUCCGAAGACUGGGAAGCUUAAUCCUUACAUUGAAAUUUGGCGCUCGUUGGAUCCAAGCGAGUACACGCCUGAUCAUGAAGCGAGGGAGAAGGAAGGUGAAGUGAGAUGCGUUGUUUUAGACGUUAUUCUGGAAGAAAAGAAAGGUAAGUUAGUCAGACUCGGCAACUGGGUGCAAGGGGUGAUCUACUCAGAUAACGAGAGAGUACACCGCUUGAGCAUCUUGAGAAGCUUUUACAACAAGCAAACUGAGAAAUGGGAACCACAAAUCAAAUAUGGACUUUUGGAGUUUCCAGACGUCUUUGAUCAAGAAUUGGGUGAGGAAUUCACUGCUGCCGGGAUCACUUGGAAGUGCGUGGAAAGUGUGGCACCUGUCAAUUGA